AUGAGGCCGGACGAUAACGAGUUUAUAAAGAUUCCGACUCCUGGUGGUAAAUAUCUAUUGAUGGUUGAAGGAUACACAUACUCUGCGAUUAAAGUCAGUGAAAUUGUAAAGAUACCGACCCCAAAUGGUAAUUUUCUGUUGAUGAUUGAUGGUUACACAUACUCUCAACAUAGAAACAUUUACUGGAUUUGUUCGUCCGCUAAGAGGAAAGGCUGUAAGGCUCGUGUUCAUUAUUUUGGUGAUAGAGUGGUGAAGUGUCAAGCAUACCAUACCCAUCCUCCGCCCAGAUACUGUUACCGAAAUGGGCUAUACAUAAAAUAUUAA